AUGUCUUUCAGGCAAGUCCCAGACCCGAGGCUUGAAAUAUUCUGUCGCAUACUUCAAGAGGUGCAAGGAGAGUUCUCGAAGCUCGAAGACCAAGCCGCUGAAAUGAGUAAAGAGCUCGAAGAGCUUCAUGCCUACACUGCUGGCCUUUACCAGGAAUACAAACGUGUGGCUUUGGAGCUGGAUAUAGCAAAUAACAGCGGUAGUCUUUGA